AUGAACAAUUCAAGUGAAACAAAUAUUAAUAUUGACGAACAAGAAGAAGUUCGUCAAAAACUACUAUGGAAUGUUAAACGAGAAGUCAAACAAAUGAUGGAAGAAGCUGUUAUGAAAAAAUGUAUUCAUGAAGAAAAUUGUAGUAUAACAACACUUUGUGGUUCUGUUGAAGCAUGUCUUUUACAUGGUCUUAAACGACGAGCUGUUGGUUUAUUUAAAACAAGUACAACAAUGGCACUUUUACAAAAACUUGCUAAAACUUGUCCAGCAGCUGCUGAAGUUGUCAAAAUUAUUGAUGAUGAUAAUCGACAAUAUGAUGAAUCAAGUAGUUUACUUGGUUUUUCAAAAAAAUUAUCGGGUAUAACACAACAACAUACAAUAGGUUCUGAAGAUGCUCGACGUCGUUCAACUCGUUCAGCAGUAUAUAAUCGAUAUUUAUGGAUACGUACAGCACUUAUUCAUCGAUCAUUACAUAAAAUUGUUGAAUGUAUUGUUAUCAAUAGUUCAAAAUACUAUGAACCAUAUGCACUUGUUUGUAAUUCAGUACAAGGACCUAUUUUAGCUUCUCUUCUUGCUGGUCCAUGUGCACUUGAAUUUACACGAGUGAAAACAUCUGAUCAUUUAUGGACGGAUCCACAUGCUGAUGAACUUGUUCAACGUCAUCGUAUGCAUAGUGCUAAUCGAGCAAUAGUUAAUCCAACAACAAUGAUGAUGAAUAUGAAUAAUGUAUAUUCAAUUAAACCUCGACCAAGUUUACAAAUAAAUCAAAAACGUAAUACAAGUUCAUCAAGUGAAGAAGCUCAACGACAUAAUCAAUUAAUGUCAAUAAAUCCAGCUCGAGAUUAUGUUGAAUCACUUCAUCAAAAUGCUAAAUCACAAUUAAUUUAUGGAAAAAAUAAUGUUUUUGUACAACCGACUCCUAAUCAUGAGCCUAUACCUGGUUAUUUAUCAUUACAUCAUAAUCAACAUGGUUUAACAUUAAAAUGGACACCAAAUCAACUUAUGAAUGGUUAUAGUGAAAAUACAAAAACAUUACAAAAUAAUACACAAGGAACAAAUGAAUCAGAAACAAAUACUACAAUAGAAUCACAGAGAAGAUAUAGUGUUUAUUGGGAUUAUGCAAUAUCAAUAAAUAUGUCUACAAUUGUUUAUCUUCAUUGUCAUCAAUAUGUUGAUGGUGAUCGUAUUGUAUUUGUUGCUCGUGAUGGUGUACAAUAUCCUCCAUUUCAUAUAAAAGAUAAAGGUGGACAUUUAUUAGCAUUUCUUACUUGUUUGGAAAGUGGUCUUGCACCAAAUGGUCAACUUGAUCCACCAUUAGCAUAUGAAAAAGGACAAGGAAAAGUAUUACCUAAACUACAUCGUCGUACAGAACGUUCACAACCUGCAAUAUCAUUAAGUACAAGCGAUGAUGAGUCUCAUGUACAAAUGAAUGCUGAUAUAACAGAUGAAGAUAUAUCAUCAUCACCAACUGGCGAUUAUGUUUUUCGUAUUAUCUUCUUUACUGAUCAGGAAACAACAAAUACUAAUGGACAUAGUCGAUAUCAAUGGUCACCAGGAGCAGUUGAUUCGUCAUCAUUCUCAUCACAAUCAUCAUCAUCACCAUCAGCACAAGCAACAAGUCUUAGUGCACCAUUACCAGCUUCACCAAUCGAUGCAUCAUUUGCAACAUCGGCUGUUUAUGUUUCACCAACUGGUUUACAUAAAAGUGUUUCAGUUAGAUCAUCAAUGGCAUCCCUAUGUGAUACAAUGCGUCGUCAAAUAUUAUCACGUGCAUUUUAUGGUUGGCUUGCAUAUUGUCGUCAUUUAAAAACUGUGCGUACACAUUUAACAUCUCUUGUUAAUCCAGUAUUAAAAAUAGAAAAUAAUGAACAAUCAAAUUCAAAUCUAUCAUUAACAUAUGAUGGUUGGAGUGAAUUAUUUCUUAAAAAACAACAAGAAAAUUUACCAAUUGAUAAAAAAGAACUUUAUCGUAGAAUUUAUUCAGGUGGUUGUGAACCAUCAAUACGAAAACAAGUUUGGCCAUAUCUUUUUUCUCAUUAUUCAUUUGAAUCAACAAUUGAUGAACGACAAAAUAUUGAUCAUACAACAAUUGAACAAUAUAAUUUAUUAAUAAAGGAAUGGCAUAGUGCUGAAGAUAUUGUUAUGCAAAUUGAUUUGCAACAUGCAAAUAAUCGCAGAAAUACUUUAGCAAAAUUAUUAAAUUUAAAUUCGGAAAAAAAUCAUAAUUCAACUGAAACAACAUUAACAUCAAUUAAAAAUGUUCUUGCUAGUAUACCAGAAAAAAUUUCAUUUGCACAUCAUAAUAUUCUUGAAAGAAAAGACUCAAAUAUAUCUAAUGAUGUUUUUUUUGAAGAUUGUGCUAUACAUACCGUAGCAAUACCAAUAAUAGAAGAAUCAAAUUCAGUUAGAACAUCAACUGAUGAAAAUCGUUCAUUAUCGACUUCAUCUAAUCCAUCUGUACUUAUUGCUCGUACACAUACAGAAUCUGUUAUUGAUCGUUCAUCACCAUAUAAUAUUAUUGAAACAAGUACAGAUAUGGAAGAUGAUGAUAAUGAGAAUAAUGGUGAAGAUAGUGUUCAUAUGAAACCUAUUGAUAAUAAUGAAGAAUUAAUAAAUGAACAAGAUAAUGAAAUCGAACAAAAAAAUCAUAAUAAUACUGGAUCACCAUCAUCUAGUUUAACAUCUGGAACUGAUGUUUAUAUGGAUGCUGUAGAAAUUUUAAGUGAUGAACAUCCUGCUGAUAAAUCAGAUGGUACAUUAACACCGAUUUGUUAUGGUUCAUUUACCAAAGAAAUAAUCGAUACUUUUUCAGUGAAUUUACAUCGAAUUGAUAAAGAUGUUGCAAGAUGUGAUCGAACUUAUGCAUAUUUUACUAAUACGAAUAAUUUAAAAAAAUUAAGAAAUAUUAUGUGCACAUAUGUAUGGGAUAAUUUGACGACUGGUUAUAUUCAAGGAAUGUGUGAUCUUGUAGCACCAUUACUUGUCGUUUUCGAUGAAGAAGUGAUAGCAUAUAGUUGUUUUUGUUGUUUAAUGAAACGUCUUUUACCAAAUUUUCCUCAUGGAGCUGGUAUGGAUGAACAUUUUGGUCAUAUGCGUUCAUUAUUACAAAUUCUUGAUUUUGAACUUUAUGAACAUAUUCAUCGUACAGGAGAUUUUACACAUUUUUAUUUUUGUUAUCGAUGGUUUUUAUUAGAUUUUAAACGAGAAUUUGUUUAUGAUGAUAUAUUUUUGGUAUGGGAAACAAUAGCUGCUGCUCGACGAACAGUUUCAAAACGAUUUGUUUUAUUUAUUGCAUUAGCUAUGUUAAAAAUUUAUCGAGAAAUUAUAUUAGAUAAUCGAAUGGAUUUUACAGAUAUUAUCAGAUUUUUUAAUGAAAUGGCUGAACGUCAUGAUACUCGUGAAAUUUUACGUAUAGCAAGAGAAUUAGUGCUUGAAUUACAACAUUUGGUUGAUAAUAAAUAA